AUGAAGUUUCUUAGCGACUACAGAGCUCCAGACUAUACAUUUGAUUCCGUAAGUCUCUCAAUCACAGCGCCCCAGUUUCCUACUCGUUUUCUCCAGUUAGUUCCUCUUGUGCUGGAUGGAUCGAAUUUGAAGCUCGUCUAUGUCAAAAUCAAUGGCCUAGAGGCCCAAGAUGUGGAGCUCACGUCGUCCAACCUCACACUUCUUGCGCCUCCCAAGAAUCCGUUCAAACUGGAAAUUGGUACAGAGAUUUAUCCUUUGCAAAAGCUCAACAACGAUGAGGGACUCUACUACAGCUCCAGCAAUGGCUAUUUCGUGACGCAGUGUGAGAGCGCGGGCUUUAGUAAAAUCACGUUUUACCAGGAUCGUCCCGAUGUUUUGGCCAAGUUCACUGUGAGAAUCGAAGCAUCUAAAGAUAAGUUUCCUGUUCUCCUUUCUAAUGGAAACUUGGUUGAGUCGGGCCAACUUGACAAUAAUGACAAGCAUUACAGCGUUUGGUCAGAUCCGUUUCCAAAACCGUGCUAUCUUUUCGCGCUGGUGGCCGGCAAGUUUGAGGCUCGACAGGAAAAAUUCACGACUCGCUCCGGACAACUUGUCAAGCUAAACAUUUGGUCACCCUCCGAGGACGUUGCAAAGACUGAAUUUGCAAUGGCGGUGCUAAAAUCCGCAAUGAAAUGGGACGAGGAUGUUUAUGGCCUGGAAUACGACCUUGACAAUUUCAAUGUUGUCUCGGUACCAGAUGCUUUUAUGGGUGCCAUGGAAAACAAAAGCUUAAAUAUUUUUAACGCCAAGUUCUUGCUUGUAUCACAAUGGACAAGCACGGAUGCUGACAUACAAUUCUUGAUGGGCAUUGUUGCCCAUGAGUUCUUUCACAACUGGACUGGCAACAGAGUGACUUGCAGGGACUGGUUCCAGAUAUCUCUCAAGGAAGGCCUUACAGACUUUAGAGAGCUCGAGUUUCUCUCCGACAUGGGAUGCCGAUCCGUGCGAACUAUUGCAGCGGCGAGUUCGUUGCGAAAGCGUCAAUUCCAAGAGGACUCGGGUCCAUUUGCUCAUCCAGUCAGGCCAGCAUCUUAUGUUGAGGUUGACAACUUAUACACAGCAACGGUUUAUGAAAAGGGAGCUCAAGUCAUUGGUCUUUACCAAACAUUGCUGGGAAAGUCUGGAUUUCUAAAGGGGUUUAAGUUAUAUAUUGAAAGGCAUGACGGUCACGCAGCAACAUGCGAAGAUUUUUACCAGGCUAUGUGUGAUGCCAACUUGGACGACCUCUCAUCCUUUAUGCUAUGGUAUACGCAGGCCGGAACUCCAUGCUUGAAGAUCAGUUCGUUUUAUAAUCCACAAGCGUCAACCUUUACUGUAAAAUGCCGGCAGGAAACAGCUCCAACACCAGGACAAGCUGAUAAAAGUCCUCUAUUGAUUCCUCUAGCCGUGGGUCUACUAAACAGCCAAGGACGAGAUAUUCCUUUGUCAAGGGUUCUAGUCGAUGGUAUUGAAUCGUCUCCAACAGUUGAGCAUAACGAGAGUACUGGCGCAAUAACAGCUCUUCUUCGGGUAGAACAGACGGAACACGAAUUUACAUUCUUGGACGUGAAAGAGAAGCCAGUUCCGUCUUAUUUGAGGAGCUUUAGUGCUCCAGUGCGUUUGAUAACACCAGACCUUAGAGAGGAGGAGUUAUACUUCCUCUUUGCAAACGACUCGAAUGAUUUUAACAGGUGGGAUGCUGGCCAAAGGAUUGCCAAAAGUUUGAUACUGGACAUGACCACAAGUUUUCAAAAUGGUCAAGAGCUUACAACUCCACUGGCUUACACCCAUGCGAUCAAAACCAUUCUAAGCAUCCCAACCUUAAACAAGGAGUUUGUCGCUCUUGUGAUCACUCUACCAGAUGAUAAGGAGCUUUUGGAGAUGACCGAAGUUGCAGAUCCGGACGCUUGCCACUUUGUCCGACGUUUUUUGAUAAAAUGUUUGGCUACAGAGCUCAAACAAGACUUCAUGCGAGUGGUAAAGGAGAACCGAUCCUCGGAGCCUGCUUUUGAGUUCAACCCCGAAAGCAAAGAUUAUCUUGCAUCUCUAAAUGAUAAAGAAACACUAGAACUGGCAUGCGAAGAGCUUGACAACGCCACAAACUUGACUGAUCUUUUGGGAGCUUUGUCGGCAAUCUCUCAAAAUCCUGGACAGGAGCGAGAGAAAAUCCUGGCAUCUUUUUACGAGAAAUGGAAACACGAGCGCCUGGUUGUAAACAAGUGGAUCCAUCUCCAAACGUCAGCUGAUACUCCAAACAACGUGGAGCUUGUGAGACAACUUUUACACCACCCUUGUUUCGAUCCUCGGGAUGUCACUAAGGUUUCUGCUCUUUUGGGAGGCUUCUUUAGCUGCAUUUUCAACUUCCAUGCCAAGGAUGGAUCUGGUUAUGAGUUCAUGGCCGACUUUGUGAUCGAAGUUGGAAAGUUCCAUCCCAAGGCUUUGUCACUUUCACUUUCUUCUGCAUUAGCAAAUUUGUGGAGGUUUGAUGCCAAGCGACAAACGCUGGCCAAGAUGCUUUUUGCACAAAAAAGCUGGAAGUUUGCACUCGACCACUUCUUUUCGGGGUGA